AUGGCUAUCGCGAUUGCAUCAUCAGGAAUUGCGUCAACGUUACUGCAUGGAGGCACAACAGCUCAUUCUGCCUUGAAGCUCCCCUUAAAUCUCACCCAUUCAGAAAAUCCUAUCUUUAGCAUAAGCAAGGGCUCUGGUAAGGCUGAAGUACUAAAAAGUUGCAAGCUUAUUGUGUGGGACGAAUGUACUAUGGCACAUAAGAAAGCCCUUGAAGCGCUUGAUCGAACAAUUAUGGGAGGCUUGACAGUCGUAUUGGCAGGCGACUUUCGCCAAACCCUGCCUGUCAUCUCACGAUCGACUCCAGUCGAUGAGUUGAAUGCCUGCUUUAAAUCAUCUUAUCUUUGGAAGCACGUGCAGUCCAUGCCAUUAAAUACUAACAUGAGAGUCCACUUAUUUGGAGAUGCUGCCGCAGGUAAUUUUGCACAACACUUGUUGUGUCUGGGUGAAGAUGUGGUGGUUGACAACGAGCAAGCAGUGUAUUAUCCAACUGAAUUUUUGAAUUCCCUUGAGCCAAAUGGGAUGCCCCCGCAUAAGCUUCAACUGAAGAUUGGAUCUCCAAUAAUGUUGUUGCGCAACAUUGAUCCACCAAAACUGUGCAACGAAACAAGGCUUUGCGUCAAAAAUCUUAUGCCAAAUGUCAUUGAGGCGACCAUAUUAACAGGGAAAUUUGAAGGGGAAGACGUUUUUAUUCCGCGCAUACCUUUGAUCCCGACCGACCUGCCUUUCGAAUUCAAGCGCCUGCAGUUUCCAUUGAGGCUUGCAUUCGCAAUGACUAUUGACAAGGCACAAGGGCAGUCACACAAAGUAGCUGGAGUCAAUCUGGAA